AUGCGGGAAGUCAACUUCAGCAUCCCCAAUGUGAACAAGGCCUCGGUCAACAUCACCACCACGCUCUAUGACCGCCGUGCCCUUGACUGCACAUCGACACUACCGCUCAUCAACUCCCUCAACCACCUAGCAUACCUCACAACCUCGUCAGCAAGGAUUCGGGAUAUCCUGACCAUUGAUGGCGGCAUCGAAAGACUUGUGUGCAUCCUGAAGGAGGGCAGGAGUAAGGAUUUGAUGGAGAUGUGGAAAUGGAGUCUUGCCUUCCAGUGUGUGGUCAACAUCGGAGUACGGGGAUCGGAAGGUGUGCGGACCAGAGUGGUUGAGGCCGACAUGGUCCCUGUGAUUGCCACCAUCCUGGACAACUACAUCAAGGUGGUGGAUAAGGUGCGAUCGCGCGCUGAACCGGAGACACACAAGCACUCCUCGAGCCGCCAGGUCGGCAAGUCUAGUACCUCCAGUCGCGAAGUACCUGGACGGUCCGCCCCGGUAGAUUCGAGCAGCCACACCGAAGCCCGCCCCUCCUCCCGCCGACAGGCUCCUCCCCCGAGCAUCGAAAUCCCACAACCUUACUAUCAAGACACCCAACCGACCGACUCCGAUGCGAUGGAUAUCACCUCCCCUCCCCGUGCGCCUAUGACAUCGCCCCCGGAACGAAGCACAUUCCGACAGGAGGUUCACAACCACCGGGCCCACGAUGGCCGGUAUUCUCGGACGAGCCAUCGCUUGCGAACCAUGCAGCCUCUCGCCACUGCUGUUCCUCCAAUAGAUACCGUCGAGACCUUUGGUUUGCGACCCGUGCGUGAUGCCGAACGGCUUCCUAGCAUGCUCCCAGGGCUACAAACUGGCAUCAUCUCGCAACCGGACUCCCCGACAACACCAAGUGGACCUCUCCAGUCUCAAUCUCGAAGCAUUCCCCAAACGGCCCCCGCCCGGCAGCGGCCCGCCAUUCGUCAGCAAUUGUCGGCCUCGGGUGAAUCGGAUGAUGCUAAUGGCGAGGACUCGACGAUGGGGGAUGAUCCUCUCUUGAGACAGACUACAGAUCCCAUCGUGGGACUGCCCAACCGGAUGGAGAUCGAUGAUGUUGACGAGCGGCAGACGACCAUGAUUGAUGAUGUUUCCCCCACGCAUGGCCUCACAGUGACUGAUCCUUCCGAAGAGGGCCAGGAAGCUGAGACUUUCAACAUCGCUCAUCGCUCUGCUGUCGACGGCAGCAUCAUCAACAACAACGGCACCACGCAAGCCAACGGCGGGCUGGGUCUAUCUCCCACCCAGGCCCCAAAUAACCCUAACUCUCCCACCCUCGCCCCCAGCCCCUACGCCAUGUACCUUCGUGAUCGAAAUACACCCGCGACUCAGAGUGUCCUCACCACCAUGCCCCGGGAUGAGGAUGUCUUGAUGUCAUUGCAGCUCUUGGCUUAUGUAUCCAAAUACUGCAACCUGAGGUCGUAUUUCCAGCGCUCCCAUCUCGUGCCGAAACUCAAGAUCGACCGGGAACUGCAUCUCCUUGAUGAAAAUGCUGACCCGUCUCCUCCCGUUGAGGCUCCUGAAGAGGAAGAUGAGUACUUGCUGCCAGAUGAUGUCAAUAUCUUCCCACUGGUUGAGAAGUUUACCGUUCGACACCACUCGAAGGAUAUGCAGUACUGGGCAUGCGUAGUCAUGAGAAACCUCUGCCGCAAGGACGAGUCGCGGGGCGGCAUCCGCCAAUGUGCCUACUACAAGUGUGGCAAGUGGGAGGAGUUCCAGCGUCAGUUCGCCAAAUGCCGCCGCUGCCGCCGCACCAAGUACUGCAGCAAAGACUGCCAGAAGGCUGCUUGGGUCUACCACCGCCACUGGUGCCACACCACUCCUUGA